AUGGUCCACGUCUCCUUCUAUCGAAACUAUGGGAAGACUUUUAAGAAGCCUCGCCGUCCUUAUGAGAAGGAGCGAUUGGAUGCUGAACUGAAGCUUGUGGGAGAGUAUGGGCUCCGGUGCAAGAGGGAGCUCUGGAGGGUUCAGUAUGCUCUGAGCCGCAUUCGUAAUAAUGCCAGAAUGCUUCUGACCCUUGAUGAGAAGGACCCUCGUAGGAUUUUUGAGGGUGAAGCCCUACUUAGGAGGAUGAACAGGUAUGGACUGCUGGAUGAAAGCCAGAACAAGCUCGAUUACGUGUUGGCCCUCACUGUUGAGAACUUCCUUGAGCGGCGCCUCCAAACACUCGUGUUUAAGACUGGAAUGGCAAAGUCGAUCCAUCAUGCUAGAGUGCUCAUUAGACAGAGGCAUAUCAGGGUUGGGAGGCAGGUAGUCAAUGUUGCCUCAUUUAUGGUGAGAGUGGACUCACAGAAGCAUAUUGAUUUCUCGCUUACAAGUCCUUUUGGUGGUGGUCGUCCUGGUAGAGUGAAGCGAAAGAACACAAAGGCAGCUGCUAAGAAGGCUGCUGGUGGAGAUGGAGAUGAAGAGGAUGAAGAAUGA